AUGGAUUCCCAACAGGAGGACAUGAGCCUCCCUGGAGUGUGGCUUUCAUUGUACUUUGGAUUCCUGGGACUGUGUUCUGUGGCAACCGGCGGCUUCAUUCUCCUUCUGCACUGGAGGAAGAACUUGCGGCGGGAAGAACGUGCCCAGGAGUGGGUGGAGGUGAUGAGAACCACUGCGUUCACCUACAGCCCGCUGUUGUACUGGAUCAACAAGAGACGGCACUAUGGCAUGAAUGCAGCCAUUAACACAGGCCCUCCCCCUGCUGUCAUCAAGACUGAGACUGAGGUCCAGAAUUCAGCUCCUCUGUGGGAGUUGGACAUCUCCGAGAGUGGGAGCUAUGCAGCUCAAGGCAGCAGCCCCAAGGUGGAGGCCCCUGUUCCCCUGCAACCUGAAUUGCAGGUGGGCCCACAGCAGCUCCUACCUUCCCCAAUGCUGCAGCCCCAGGCCAGCUCUCCAUUCCCAAUUCUCAUCUUUCAGGAGCUUCCCUUUGACUUUUCUCUGUGCCAUAUACCCCCAAUGCUGAAUCACUCGGCCUCCUACCCUUUGGCCACCUGUCCUGAAGGCAACGCCUACUUCUAUUCCCUUCCCACACUGGCCCUUGGGGACCACUGCUUCAAUGCCAAGCCUUUUGCUUCAGAAUUGUAG